UAUCACUAUUCAUCAUUGUUUGCUUUUGGUUUUCUUAUAUGCGUCUGUUGGUUUCCCUUCAUUAAGGGCAUGUUUGGCAGACCUGAACAAAAUAUAUGUUGAGUGAAUUUUGUUUGAAAUGAUUCUAAAGUGCUUAAAAGUACAAUAUGAAAACUUAUAACAUUUAAUAUACCCAACAUGGCAACAUCAAAGGAAAAUGGUCUUUUAAUUGCUUAAAUAGUUUAACAGAUUCUACUUUAUUCAUUCAGUAUAAUGCAUGUGAUGAUUGUAUUUAGAAAUUUUGGCCUUCUCUAGCCGCUCUACAAUGCUGUUCUGUGAUUACACUAUUUUAUGAGGUGCUAUUGACAAGCCAAAAAAUAUUUAAAGAAAAAAAACGAUUUUUUUUUUUAUAAAGUUAACUAAUUCAAGAGCAUGCUAUUAUCGAAACUGUUUUUCUCCUUCAAAACAGUUUUGAGAGUGCAUAAAGUAAAAGAAUUUGCUGUACUCUAUUGGAAUGGACUAGUUUCAUCUUUCCAAGUGCAACUAACUGCCACUGUUGAACGCAAGAAUUGACAAAAUACCAGUGGUGUUAGGAUAUAGAAUAAGGGUAAGGGAAAAGGGGAUUAGGGUAGGAAGGAGAGGACUCUAUAAAUAGAUUGACUGUAUAGUUAGAAGGGGACUUUUGGAGAAUUAGUUGUUUGACAGGUUUGACCUGUGAAGAGGGUUAAGCCUCUGUUACCUGCUGUACAGACAUUGUGACACGAAUACAUUCCUUAAUCUCUCUGCUCUUCUUGUGUUCUUGGGUGAGGAAGAGCGUUGUGAUUAGAUUCUCAAUCUAGGAAUCUAUCAAUUGGUCUGACCUGCCUGAUCGGCUGGGGAGGGGAUUGCCAGAUCAAGAAGGGAUCAAGAAGUGAUCAAGAAAGGGUGGAAGCAUGGAAGGAAGAAACGAUACCUUCGAGAGGAGGACCCACAAAUUGAAAAUGAACAUGGCAACAAUAUGCCAAGAUUAUGUAGUAAUACGCCAAGAUUUGAGACCCAAGGGGUGAUAGAGGAAGAAAAAGUGCGUCGGGCAUACAGUAGCAUGGAAGGAAGUGCUACCUAUUGGAUCCAAGCCUGGAAAGCUAAAGCCAAGAAUCAUUCUUGGGAAGGACUGAAGAGGGCAAUGGUGUGGCGAUUUGGAGAACGGAGGGGCACAACCGUUGAAGGGGUGGCGCACCAGGUAGGGGGACUGCCUGAACCAUGGAGGGCAAAAAGAAAUGAAGAUUUACGACGAUGAUGACCUCGUCAGAGGCUCCAGAUUGGAGCAUCCUCGAGUCGCUCAUUCUGGUGAACGAAAUCGCAGCGGUGGAAGCCGACUGCUCCGUCGCACUCUCCCCUUACCAGCAGUGGAAAAUCAUCGCCCAGAACUGCGCCGCCUUGGACGUGCAAUGCAACCUCACGCAGUGCCGCCGCAAGUGGCAUGCGUUGCUCUCGGACUACGACUGCUUCAAGAGAACGGCCACCGCUGGAGGCAAGUUGUCGCUGAAUUUCGAUUACGAAUUGUUUAAGGCAGUCGAACGCGUUGUGAGGGCACGUGAGGAGUGGGGCAUGGCUGAUCCCGAGAGCAAUACCAAAGCAGGGAACGACGCACAUGACGCUGCCGUGGAAAAUGGGUCCAAAAGAGAAGGACAAAGGAAGAAGAUCAGUGGGUGCUAUGAACAGGCGGCAUUAAAGAUGGUAGACGUUGUUCAACGAUUUUACUGGUUCUGGCUAGGAGGUGUGGAGUUGAUUCUCGGUAUGGAAUGGUGGAGAAAAUUGGGGAAGGUGACGGUGGAUUGGGAGACGUUAACUAUGGUGCACCGAUAAGGGGAGGAGAAGAUAAUCAAAGAUGACCCCACGUUAGAAAGAGAAAUAGUGGGAUCCAGGACUUUGUCAAAAAUAGUUGACGUAGAAGCUGGCCUAUUAGAUUGGGAAUUGGGCUCGUUGGAGGCCAAGGAGGAGAUCCAGAAUUGCCAAGGCCUUAUUGAGAAGCAAAGGGAGGAGAUGGAGCAGAUAUUGGGCCAGUAUAGUCUGGUUUGUGCUGAGCCCACUGGGCUGUCGUCGGAACGGGGGAGGGUACAUCAGAUAUCACUCAAGAAAUUGGGUGAGCAUACGACGGGAGGGGGAUCGCGCCCAAGAACCAGAGUUCGUGGGGACGAACGGCGGGGUGGUGGCGCGAUUAGAGUUCCAAGAACCACUGGGGACUGGAGGGAAAGGAAUACCCGCAACCUAUCGAAUUCAGAGUACGUGAAAGGAGAAAAGAGGAAAAUUUGCCACCGCUCAAGCCCCCUGACUUGAAUUGAAGGGCAAAGCCAAUGGGUUUCCUUCAUAUGGGAACCCGAUGAGGAAGAGGAGCCAUGAGACCAAGCUUCCCUAUUCUAACCUUGAGGACAAGGUUGUUCUGCGGGGGGUGUAUUGUUAGGGUAUAGAAUAAGGGUAAGGGAAAAGGGGAUUAGGGUAGGAAGGAGAGGACUCUAUAAAUAGANUGACUGUAUAGUUAGAAGGGGACUUUUGGAGAAUUAGUUGUUUGACAGGUUUGACCUGUGAAGAGGGUUAAGCCUCUGUUACCUGCUGUACAGACAUUGUGACUACGAAUACAUUCCUUAAUCUCUCUGCUCUUCUUGUGUUCUUGGGUGAGGAAGAGCGUUGUGAUUAGAUUCUCAAUCUAGAAAUCUAUCAAGUGGCACAUCUUUAUAUCUCUGAUAUCAUUUCAGAACUGCUAGAUAUGACAUAAUAAUGAUGACAAUGACGUGAAUAUGUAAUCCAAAUGACAUACUUUUAAACAAUGCAACAACCAAGCUAAUAAAGGGCACUUAUUACUUUUGAUUGAAUGAUCAACUGUUGAGUGUCGUGACAAAAUCAAGUACAUGUCUAACUCUUAAACUUUGGGUAUAAGUCUAACUCAACUUCAGUCUUAUAAAUCAAGGUUUGCAUCCCACUUGUAUACCCUAGCUAUAUCACUAAACAACGUGAGACUGAAACAUCAUCGUUUAGGUACCAAUUGAGGAUUCUCUACUUUAUAUACACUAUAGGUUGGAUAUACCCUUGUCGAUGUGGGACUAAAGUAUCUGCUUUGAGGUUACAAUUUAGGCAAUCCCCAAUGGCAAGGUGGGGGUGAUUCCAACAGUACAAACUUUGAAGUUAAUUACAAUCUCAACUUUCAAUAUUUUAAUCAGCAAUUGUUAGUGCUGAAGUGCAUUCCUCUCACUUUAGAGGAGCUAAAUUAAUCGACAUUUUCCCCCAGGACUUUCCAUAUGAUCCUAAUCUGUUAGAUAUAUAACAAUAAAAAGGUUGAACGUGCCUGUAUGUAGCAUUCAAAUGGUUAUAUUCCAUUUUUCCCUGUAGUUUCAUAGUCCCCCCAUCCCUGCUCUCCUUACCAAUCUAUCUUUAACUGUAUCUACUAUAUUGUUUUAUCUCUCCUUUUCUAACAUUCGAUGUUUCCCCCAAUUGGUGCGUUUGGUUUUCUAGUAAGCACUAGUGCAGACUAAUUGAUUUGACAAUAUGAAUAAGUAUCUCAGUGUAUCUUCACAAGUAUAUUCAGCAUAGCUAUAAUAGGAAUAUUAAAAAAUUAUAAUGUUUUAUUUCAUUUAUGUGGUGUCCUUGCAUAGCUCUUUUUAAAGAAACUUCUGUGAUAUUUUAAUCAGCAUGUCAAUUUUUUCUGACAUGUUAGAACAUUUUUUAAGCUAUUGUAAUUCAUUGUUUAGUUCAUAAGCUGAUUUUUUCAUACCCUGUCUUCAA